AUGGGAUCCUGGUCCCGGAGAAUAUGCCGUUUACACUUCACUCAGCUGAUGGUUCUGGUGCUGUUGGCAGGAGUCCUCGUAACUGGCAGUCGAGUAAGGUCUAAAAAACAUCAUAAAUCUCCAAGGUCAGCAGUGGCAGCACGAUGGCAAUCCCGGACAUCUCCCGACGGAGCACUGAACGCGAUCCACGAGUCCGCCGUAAAGCCGGCGCCGUUUUCUAAAUCUGCAGUACACGUUGGCGGCUCCAUGAAGCGCUCCUACUACGUACCGACGGUGGCCAACCCCGAGACCAAGUUGCAUCACUUCAUCAACAACCUGAAGACGGGUAUCGGGGCGUCAAAGCUAGCGCACGCCGUCAAUGGCGUGACCGGAGCCUUCCAGCAGUCGGUGGCAGGCUUGCUUUCGGGUCAGAGUCUCACCAACAAUGCAUACCGAGCACCGGCCAGCGCCGGAUACUACGGCACCGGCAACGAGCUCCGUUACGGACAACCGUUCGUCAGCAAGCAACCAUCGACGGCCGGACACUUCAAGUCCCAGGGAUACGGCCCCAAGGGAGGCCAGGGCAAGCCACGAAGGCAUCCUCCGGCGAAGGCGGGCAAGUACGACGCACUGAUGUCUGACCUCGGAAUCUCCGGCUACAAACACUUCGAGAACGCCGUCAUUCGAGAUCUGGAGCGGCGCGAGGAGCUUAAGGUGGAAGCAACGAUCCACACGCUGUUCCCGGAGGCCUCGGACGAUGAUUGGCGCCCGAUUCCAUCGAACAAAAAGCCUGCCGGCUUGGUGUCCAGCCAACAGGCAGUGGGAACGCGAAACCCGUCCGGACCGGAGUUUUCCGAGACGAAAGUGGUUCACACGCUGAAAGAGACACCUUCCGCCAAGAAGCCUGCCUUGGAGAAAAGCGUAGGCCGCCCGGUUAAGCAAAAGUCGGCUUUGACGGGACACGCCACACUAGGUUCGGUGAGUUCCAAGAGUACAGUGGCUCCUGCCCAUUCCAGUGGACAGAAACAUCGCGUCAAAGGAUCGCCGAUGGUAAAGGACAAACGUACCAAGGAGCGAACGAAGUGCUGGAACUGCUUCAACACAACGACAACACCGGUUAAGACCAAACAGCAGCCUUCAUACUCAACCACCGCACGAGUUCCUACCACCGUCAGCAACCAGCAGCAGUCUCAGCGCUUCGGACCAACCUACGACACGACGAUGUUCUUCGGCAACGACGGAAAGCCACCGGCCACCCUCGUCGGAGCCGUAGCCAAAUCGUACAGUAACGUCGAGGUGCACUACAACCGUACACUCCCACCACCACCACCGUUCAUCCCGGGUCCCUGGAGUCCGCAGGGACCGCUCGAGGUCAGUACACAGUCGCAGGCACCCCCGGUAACCCUCACGGAAGCGCCCGGAACCAGUCCACUCUACACGACCACCAAGAAGAGCUUCUCGAAGCUCGUCAAACCGUACGUUGGAAGCCUGGCCCUGGUGGCCGAUGGCGAGGCGGUUACUUCGACCACCACUCACAAACCGACUGGCGGCUCGCAAGGGACGAAAGGCACCAAAGGGCCAGGGAGCAAGAAGCAACGCACGACGCACAAAUCCGACGCCCAUCGGAGACCGAUCCAUGGCAGCGGCGCCAAACCGCUCGACAGCUUCGGCGCUGGAUCCGGCACGAGCGAGCUGCGGGUGCGCAAGAAGUUCGACUCCAAGUACAGCCGGAACCGCGGCACGAUCAAGUUCAAGGAUGCGCUCCAGAAGAACCCGGACCAGAUCUACCGAUAG